AAAGAAGGAAGAGAAGGAGAAAAUUAAGAGGAAAAAGCAUAAUGAAGAGCAGGAGCAAGAAGCACAACAAUCUUGAUCCAAUGCUGAUUCUGUUGCUCAUUUUGAUUGCAUCAGAAUCAAGCACUGCUCAAGAAGUGGAGGAUGAAAGAGAGUUUGACUAUUCAGAAAAUGGAGAAAAAGGUCCAGCAAAAUGGGGAGAGAUAAAAAAGGAAUGGAGUGAAUGCAGCAAUGGAAGUAUGCAGUCUCCAAUUGAUUUGUCAAAUGAGAGAGUUAGACUUAUUUCAGAUCAAGAUAAGAAGAUCAAUUAUAGAGCUGCUAAUGCAACUGUCAAGAAUAGAGGCCAUGACAUUCAAAUUGAAUGGUUUGGUGAUGGUGGAUCAGUUGUGAUCAAUGGCAGUGACUACCCUCUCCGCCAAGCCCACUGGCACUCUCCCUCCGAGCACACUAUCCACGGAAGAAGUUAUGACAUGGAGUUACACUUGGUGCACCUCAGUACAGAUCCCAACCUCCAAAACAAAAUUUAUGUCCUUGGAGUCCUAUACAAGAUUGGAAAACCUGACAAAUUUCUCUCCAAGUUCAUUCCGAGUAUAAGGUCGAUGAUUGAUAAGAAAGACGAAGAGGUAGCAGUGGGGAUGAUCGAUGCAACUGAAAUCAAUGUGCACAACAAAAAGUAUUACAGAUAUAUGGGAUCUCUCACUGUUCCUCCAUGUACCCAAGGAGUUAUUUGGACUAUCAAUAAGAAGGUUAGAACUGUUUCCAUGGACCAGGUGAAGUUGCUUAGAGAAGCUGUUCAUGAUUACGUUGAGAAAAAUGCAAGGCCAUUGCAACCCGAAAACAGUCGAGACAUUUUCAUUUGCAGCCCUGUAGAUGAAAUUUGAAUCACAUUUUAUAAAUUUGUAUGAUUUAGUAUUUUGUAAUAAAAGGAAAAGUCACUUUA